GGGAAUUGUUAAUUAUGAAGCCUUCACUCGCUAUUCUGGAAUUUUCGUAAACAAGACUUAUUCGACAAAAAGCGAUGCCUCCAAUAAUAUUGUAUUCGUCGAUGGAGUACGGACUCCAUUUUUGCUAUCUGGUACUACAAGAAUCUUCUGGCUUAUGAUCUCGCAAGACAUUCGUUGGUGAGCUUGCAGGAGAAAAUUGGAUUUCCCAAGGAGAUAAUCAAUUAUAUUACCUACGGUACAGUAAUACAGGACGUACAAAAUUCCAAUAUCGCGAGAGAUGUCGCCGUUGCCGCGGGAUAUAGCAAUCGAAUCCCUGCACAUACUGUAACCAUGGCAUGCAUUAGCAGCAAUCAGGCUGCUACCACUGGUAUAGGUUUAAUCUUGGGUGGCAGUUGCGACGCUAUUGUGGCAGGUGGGGUGGAAUUUAUGUCCGAUAUUCCAAUUCGGCAUAGUCGACCCAUGAGAUCUCUAAUGCUACAGAUGAACAAGGCAAAAACUUUGCCAGAAAGGCUAGCUCUCUUGGCCAGUAUCAGGCCAAAACAUUUCGUACCCGAUCUACCAGCUGUGGCAGAGUUUUCAAGCGGUGAAACUAUGGGACACAGCGGCGAUCGUUUAGCAGCAGCGUUGAUAAUGCGCGAGGACAAAGCUCUACAACUUGGUUUGAAACCCAAGGCAUACAUGCGUAACUUUACGUAUGUCUCUCAAGAUCCGGUGGAUCAACUGCUUCUAGGACCAUCGUACUCAAUACCGAAGCCUGUUCUAAACUCCGGACUGAAUUCUCGAUAGGAAAAUAUAUAUCUUGAAAAACGACAUUCCCCACCGAGGGAAGGCAGUAGGUCCAGUUGCGCCACUGCUCCGAACGAUAUUG